GAGCUGGUUCCUGGAAAGAGCCGGUUCCCAGGCUGGCUGGAGGGCAGGAGCUGGGGCCACGCUGUUCUGGGAUAGUUGGGCAGGGAGGUAAGGGGUCUGGGGCCAGCUGGGGCCCCUGGGGCUCAGUGUGUGUGUGACUGAGAGGCUGAUGAGAGGCUGCAGGAGUUUGGGAGGCUUUGGGCAAAGUCCAAGCUGAGCAGGUGGGAGUGAGAGGGGUUGAGUGUGGUCUAGGCCCUCCUGGGAAUGUCGAUUGAAUUCAGGGUGCCCUGCAGAAGAAAGUGUUGUGCUGGGGACCCUGAGGGGCGAGAGUGGGUUCUGCCUGCCAGAGGGGCAGGGCUGAGCAUUCUGCCAGCCAAGGGGCCGGCCCGAGGUGUCCCAGCCCUGGCACCAGGGAUUUGGCUGUGGAGUGCCACCAAGGUGGCCUCUGGGGAAAGGCUUCGGGGACAAGUGAGGUGGACAGCAUUGGUGGUCCUUACCUCAACUCAUAGACGUGACAGAUGUUGGCCACUUUCUACAUCCCCAGCACAGCCACACUUAUAGAAUGAGAGGACCCCAGGCCAAACUUCUUUGACCAGAUGGGGAAACUGAGGCCCAGAGAGGCGCAGAUACUUGACGGGAGUCUCACAGCUCAGCAGCUGGAUGAAGUGAAGGGCACCUAAGCCAAGGGCUUUCUCCACCUUCCCCUCCCCUGUCCUGGUUAAGGGAACUCUUGAUGGGGACUGCCUGGGUGGUGACUUUGUGUCCUCCUGCAGGCUGUCUACCUGGUCUCCAGAAUGGACGGCCCUGUGGCAGAGUGUGCCAAGCAGGAGCCCUUCCACGUGGUCACACCUCUGUUGGAGAGCUGGGCACUGUCCCAGGUGGCGGGCAUGCCUGUCUUCCUCAAGUGUGAGAAUGUGCAGCCCAGCGGCUCCUUCAAGAUUCGGGGCGUUGGGCAUUUCUGCCAGGAGAUGGCCAAGAAGGGAUGCAGACACCUGGUGUGCUCCUCAGGGGGUAACGCGGGCAUCGCUGCUGCCUAUGCUGCUAGGAAGCUGGGCAUCCCUGCCACCAUCGUGCUCCCCGAGAGCACCUCCCUGCACGUGGUGCAGAGGCUGCAAGGGGAGGGGGCUGAGGUUCAGCUGACUGGAAAGGUCUGGGACGAGGCCAAUCUGAGGGCGCAAGAGUUGGCCAAGAGGGACGGCUGGGUGAAUGUCCCCCCGUUUGACCACCCCCUAAUAUGGGAAGGCAAUGCCAGCCUGGUGCAGGAGCUGAAGGCAGUGCUGAGGACCCCACCAGGUGCCCUGGUGCUGGCAGUUGGGGGUGGGGGGCUCCUGGCCGGGGUGGUGGCUGGCCUGCUGGAGGUGGGCUGGCAGCACGUACCCAUCAUUGCCAUGGAGACCUAUGGGGCACACUGCUUCAAUGCGGCCAUCACGGCCGGCAAGCUGGUUACACUUCCAGACAUCACCAGUGUGGCCAAGAGCCUGGGUGCCAAGACGGUGGCCGCUCGGGCCCUGGAGUGCAUGCGGGUGUGCAAGAUUCACUCUGAAGUGGUGGAGGACGCCGAGGCUGUGAGUGCUGUGCAGCAGCUCCUGGAUGAUGAGCGUAUGCUGGUGGAGCCUGCCUGUGGGGCAGCCUUAGCAGCCAUCUACUCAGGCCUCCUGGGGAGGCUCCAGGCUGAGGGCUGCCUGCCCCCUUCCCUGACUUCAGUUGUGGUAAUCGUGUGUGGAGGCAACAACAUCAACAGCCGAGAGCUUCAGGCUUUGAAAACCCACCUGGGCCAGGUCUGAGGGGUCCCAUCCUGGCCCCAAAGAUGCCUGAGAGGCCCAUGGACACUCCUGUGGCUGGAUGAGAAGGACUCAGUGCUGGUGGAUGGCAGUGGAAGCUGCCCUGUGCAACUGUGCUGGCUGCCUCCUGAAGGAAGCCCUCCCGGACUGCUCCUUUUGGCUCUCCGACAGCUGUGGCCAAUAACGCUUUCUGAAUUGAGAUUGUGACUGCUAUGGAUCCUAUCUUUCCAUGUCAAUGAGCUCACAGGAGACACACCACAAUCCUGUUGCCACUUCUGUAAUAAAGUGACUCCAAGCCCCAUCUUAGGCAACAAA